CAAGAUAUUUACGAGUAGGUGGUACAUAUAAAGAUCGUAAAGAUUUAAGUAUAUUGAUAAACUAUGGAUUCUCAAUUAUAGAAAAUGGAAGUCUACAUAUAGCAAAGGCUUUAAUAAUUGUACGAUUAAUUGCUUCUUUCUUAGGACUUGCCAAAAAUUGA